CUGGAGUUCUCUCCACUUUGCUAGUUUACAAUGAAUAUUUAAACUUUUUCUUGUAAUUACUGGGAGAGUUGGUUAUCGCGAUCGCCUUCCGCAGUCUUGUUCCUUUCACAGUAUGGCUCGAAUUCUGCAUGUGUUGUUUAUCGCUACACUUGGAAUCUUGUACUUGUACUSUACACACGUGCAAGGAACUCUAUCAAAAACCAACAAGCAAAAAAAGACAAAGGUGAAAAAGGGUGGUCCAUCAGAUUUGAAUGUGACUGCAAGAGGGUUAAUCUCUGAGACGCCUCGCAUCAGGGAUAUCAUAAAACAGCAUAAUAUUUAUUGCAAGAAUGUUACAGCUCACAACUUUGAAGGAGACAUAUUGGCUUAUAUAACACCAUGGAAUUCYCAUGGGUAUGAUGUAGCUAAAAUAUUUGGUGGCAAAUUUACAUAUGUCAGUCCUGUCUGGCUACAGAUUGUCAGAAGGAGAUCAGGAACUCUUGCAGUUGAAGGUGGCCAUGAUAUUGAUCAAGGUUGGAUAGCAGAUGUACGGAAAGCCAAUAGUAAAGUGAAGAUAUUACCUAGGUUCCUGUUUGAUAARUGGUCCUACAAUGACUUUCAUGUGGUCCUCACAACUGAAUCCAUCCUCUCUAAUCUGGUGGAUACAAUCCUGGGAUUUGUAAAGGCCAAUAAUUUUGAUGGUGUUGUACUGGAAGUAUGGAGUCAGUACAAUGGAGACACAAAGCAGAACCUUUAUCUUCUUGUAAGCAAACUUGCUGAUGCUCUACAUGAGGCAAAAUUUAAGAUGAUUUUAGUGAUUCCGCCGGCAGUCUAUAAUUCUGGAUCUUUAUCACAGGAUUCGUUUGGGAAAAAUGAUUUUGAAAUCUUGGCCCCAGUCCUUGAUGGUUUUAGUCUUAUGACGUAUGACUUCUCGUCGCCAUCAAGGCCUGGGCCUAACUCUCCUCUCUCUUGGGUCAAAGAGUGUGUUUUGGCACUAUGCCCUGAGCCAAGCAAACUUCGAUCGAAAAUAAUGAUGGGAUUGAAUUUCUAUGGAUUUGAUUAUUCACAUACGGGGUCAUCAGCCAUUAUCAAUAACAGAUACAUUGAGCUGCUUAAAAAGUACAAAGAUGAAAAACUUCAUUGGGAAUCAGCACCCGCAGAACAUUCUUUCAAAUACAAUGCUGGGGGUACAAGACAUGUUGUUUUCUAUCCGACAUUGAAGUCUAUUAAAGUACGUUUGGACCUUGCUAAAGAGCUUGGUGUCAGUCUUUCUAUAUGGGAAAUUGGACAAGGAUUGGACUACUUUUACGAUCUUCUAUAAUCCUAGCUAACUACAAGAGACAAUGUUUUAGAUUGUAUUUAUUAUAUGCACAAUUAUUGGAAAACUCAGUAACAUCCUAGGUUCUCUUUUGCGCCUCACCGUCAAAAUUAGACGAGGUGGCCUGGGAUCGUGGUGUUAUUUGAUUGGCCCAAAUGAAAACAGGCGAGAACAGUCUUUCUUUUCCAGGUUACUUCCUUUGUUCUUCCAUUCGCCCUAUGACACGAAAUCCGAAGAUUUCCUGGAUUCCGAAAUCCAGAAUUUCGCGAGGAUUCUGGAACCAUCAUGUUGGUUGUAGAAUGUAAAGCAUUCUAGCUUUCUUUGUAGCCAGUCACUCGUUUACAAUUACAAAACAUUUAAAGUUCUGACUUCCUCUCCCGUUUCCAUUGCUAUGUAUUCCGGAUUCCAAAUAUCUGUAUUUCGGAUUCCAGACAAACAUUUUGUCGGAUUCCCCGGGAUUCUGGAUUGCCURUUUGCAUUUUGUUUGGGCCCAAAUAACGGCUUGAGUAUUUCCUAUCAAUUUAUCACAGAAAAUAAAUUAUAUCACUAAAAGUAUACAGAUCUCCUCUAUUCUUACUCACCAAUUAUAUUAGUUUGCCAUCUUUGCAACCAAUAAAAAUUGUUUCAGAUAA